GUUCUCUCUCUCCAGAACUUAGCAAGCCACAUUUCUGCUCUGUUGUAGAGAGAUACACGCUGCAUACUCUUCCGAUGGGUGCGUAGGUUUAGCUACGCUUUCACCUCCGAUCACGUUAUCGAUUCGCCCACCAAAAAUAUUCCGGUGAUGCUCGGGGUCCUGUGCGCACGCCACAAGCCUUGGAUCCUCGCCUCGUUGUCACUGGCCCACACCUCCUCGGCGGCGACGGCGGCUCACUGCAACCGGCUCUCUGUGACCACCCCGACGAGGCUAACCGGCUGGAUCAACGGAGGUCUUCAUCACCAGCAGCCCCGCCGCCACCACUCCACCGCCUGCCUCCUCGGCGGCGGCGGCGCCAAAUCCAGUGGUGUCGGCGCGGCGUCGAUAUGGCACGCGAUCCUGCCGUCCGGCGGCGGCGGGUGCAGGCGGCCGGCUUUCCACCACGUGCAGAUGAAGGGGGAAGGGUCGUGGAACGUGGCGUGUGAUGCGCGGCCGGCUCGGUGGCUCCACCGCCCUGACUCGGCGUGGCUCCUGUUCGGCGUCUGUGCCUGCCUCGCCGCGCCGUUGGUUUGCGGUGAUGUCGUGAAUUCCGAGCCAGUCACGGACGUGAAAGAUAGCAAUCUUUGUAAAACGGACGGAAACUUUGGCAAUCACAGAGUCACAGCGGUGACUGCCGAUGGUCGAUGCCUAUUUAGAGCAAUAGCUCAUGUGGCUUGCUUGAGAAACAGAGAAGAAGCUCCUAAUGAGGAUCGACAGAAAGAACUCGCUGAUGAUCUAAGAGCUCAGGUUGUGGAUGAGCUCUUAAGGAGGCGGAAAGAGAUCGAAUGGUCCAUUGAAGGAGAUUUUGAUGCAUAUGUGAAAAGAAUAGAACAACCUUAUGUAUGGGGUGGAGAGCCUGAGUUGCUGAUGGCUUCCCAUGUUGUCAAGACGCCGAUUACCGUCUACAUGAUUGAUAGAAGCUCAGGUGAUUUGGUAAAGAUAGCGCAGUAUGGAGAAGAGUACCAGAAGGAUAAAGAGAGCCCUAUCACUAUUCUGUUUCAUGGGUAUGGUCACUAUGACAUAUUGGAGGCCAUUUCCAAUGAAAAUUACCAGUGAGUAUAGGCAUAGGCUCAGUAAUCAGGGUUUUUAGCAGUCAGAUUCAUAAUCCUUUUUCAACAUUGCAAUCAAUUUUGCCAAACUGGCGUAAAUUUUGGCAAUAGGUUUGUUCCAUUCUUGUAGUGAUGAAACACAAUAACAAAGAUAAGUUUAUCUUGCGCGUGUCAGAUUUUUGUAGGGAUGAACACAAUAAAGAAACGUUCCGAUCAAAAGAACACAAUAAAGAAACAUAAGUUUGUUUGUGAUAGUAUUUUUAUUGUGUUAACUUUUGCUUUUUUCGCGGAAUAAACAUAUUCAGAUCUGUAAGGCCAAUGUGCAUUGUUAAGGCACUCAAUAUUCGAUAGCCGUAUAGAGAUGCAGGACUUGUUUGUUGGA